UGCUCCUUGCAGCCCAGCGCCGACGCUCCAUCUUCCUCGCAGCGCCGCUCAGGCUCCGUCCCUCACGCAGAUCUUCUGCUCCUUCCCCCACUCGCACUUAGGGCGCUCAGGCUCGGUCCCUCAGCGACGGAGGGGCAGUCCCAGGCUCGGCGGCGGCGUCGGCAUCGGCGGCCCCCUCUCCCGCUUCUCGCCAGUCGCCUCGCCCCCUCGCCUCUGUCCUCCGCGCUCCGGCCGGCGACCCUGCGAAACAUUUCCAGCUCAGGUACCCAAAUAUGGCAGCAAGACGCAAUGUUCGGUACUCACCUCUUCCUUCAGAGGAUGGGGGCGACAGCAAUUUUACUAAAGAAGAUGUUGACCUCCGAUACACUUACACUCCAAAAUCCUACAGAAGGAUCCCGUGGAAGUCAAUUGCCCUGGCAUUGUUCCUCCUCCUCCUAGGAACUUCACUUCUCUUUCUUUCUUACUUCAUAUUCACAGGUCACAUGGAGGGUGAUAGUUCUCAGGCAUAUGGUCUCUUGUUCCUGGGUUUCCUUUCGUUUCUUCCUGGUUUCUACGAGACUCGAGUUGCUUACUAUUCAUGGCGGGGAGCACCAGGGUACACUUUUGCAUCCAUACCAGAUUAUUAGCCUUUCAGUUUGCACCACUUAUGCUGUAAGGAUAAUGAGCAAGCAAGCAACUUGAAACUUCCCUUGGGAACCAAUGUUAAUGAUAAAGACUUAGCAUGUAGAUGUAGUGGCUCAAAUGAUUGUUGUGUUUAUAGGAUGAUAUUACUUUAUCGGUCAGUAAAAGAAUAAUCCGUAUGCUAUUGUAAAGAGGAGAGGUUGUUUUUGCAAUUGCUUGAUACUUCUUGUCAAUACCACAGAAAUGAGUUCCACCAGUA